AGAUUGGGAUCCCCUCCCCUCCCUCCUCCCACCCCCUUGCCUUGAGCUGGGGGUUCGUUCAGGAAGCUGAUCUGAGAGCUCGCGACCGCAACCACAACCAACCCAAAAAGCUGCAGCAGAUCCAUCCUUCUCACCCGAAACAAUCGAUCCCCUCUUAUAGACUUCGCCUGCCUCCAACCCUUAAUCUUCAGCUAUGGAUUCAGCCGCCGCGCGACCCGACGAGGAGGAGGCGCGCCGCCGCCGGAGCACCGACUGCAUCUACUUCCUCGCCUCCCCGUUGACCUGCAAAAAGGGAAGUGAAUGCGAGUACCGUCAUAGCGAUGCUGCGAGGAUGAAUCCCAGGGACUGCUGGUAUUGGUUCCAUGGCAACUGCGCAAAUCCUAAAUGCUCCUUUAGGCACCCGCCAUUAGACAACAUGGCCGGAGCACCAACGACUCCACGUCCAGCUCAACAGUCUGUACCCCAUCAAGCUUCAGCUUCUGUUCCAGCUCAGCCCCAGGGAUCUGUUCCUGCCACUGCCAAGCAGGGUGUUCCAUGCUAUUACUUUCAGAAGGGCAUGUGCACGAAAGGGGACAGGUGUGCCUUUCUGCAUGCGCCCCGGUCUGCUGGAAACCCUGCUCCACAGCCUCCGGCCAAGGUCUUCACCACCCCUGCCUUGCAGCCUAAUCUCCAUCCACCGUUGAACAACUCGUGGACAAAACCCAACUUGAGUGCUCCUGCAGUAGCCGUAGUUGACAAGCCAAAGGCCAGCACUUAUCAUGAUGGUAAACCGCUUCAUCACAAGGAAAAUCUGACGAGUAGGACCGAAAACCCAUCAAGAGUAGUUUAUCAGAAUCACAGUAGUUCUUAUGCACAGCCCGGUGCACCAAAGCGUUACCAGCCUCAGCCUUCAGCCCGAGAUGGCUUAACCGACAAUGGUAUGGAGGCUGGCGAAUUUGCGAGAGAACCAUCCGCCGGUUCUUGUGUAACUGCCGGUUUUAAUGGUGCUGGAGGGAUGACGAGGCAAACACAUGGUGGCUAUGAACCAGAAAGGUCAUACAGAAAUUCAGCAGAGAGGUCUUCGUCAGAGAAAAGGAUUCCCCAGAGAGAGCAUAUCCCCUCUGUGGCUGCCGGCAGUUCGGAUCUGCGCCAUAGGCUACUGAAGCAAAGAAAGUCCAAUAAUAAUUCAAGGUCGGCUGAAGCCCUGGGCAGGCAUGAUACACAUCUUGAGGAUGAGCGCAAUGACCAACAUCGUCCGCGAGGUGAACAGCAGGAUGGCCUCUCACGGUCUCGACUGCAUGAUAGAAUAAGACUACCUGGGGAGACAGCGUUUGACAGUCUUGGGUCACGGUCAGAGGAGUGGGAUAGAGGGUCUAGAGCCAGAUUGUCGCCACCAAAAUCCUCAGAUCUUCGAGGGAGGCUUCAUGAAAGGCUAAAGGGUAGAUUGGGUGAGGAGAUACCGGGUAGCAGUGCAAAAGGUUUGGCAGUGAAGGCAAGUAGCAGUGAGGAUACUGAAUCACUGAACUUUGCUGGUCCAAAGAGCCUUGCAGAGUUGAAGGCAAAGAAAGGUGUCGGCAGGUCAGGAGAAGAUGCCGUCGUCAAGGGCUUAGGUUCUUCUCGUAUGACUUCAGAAAUAGUUUGGAGCAGGGAGGCUGCUUCGUUUGAAGGUCCAAAGCCCCUAAGUGCCAUACUGAAGAGAAAAAGAGAGCCAGCUUCUGAAAUCCCCGCUGCCCAGCCUGGCAUCACACAGGAAGCAGAUAACUACGCCGCAGGAGCUGAAGAAGAAAUCCAAACCCUAGCAAAUGACACGGUUGGGGAGAACAUGGAGGGGAUUGGAGAAGAAGAGGAGGAAGAGGAAGCUUUCCAUCCUGAAGAUGAUGUGGCGUACGACGAUAACGCCAAUGAAGCUGCAGUGGCCCAAGAGCUGGAUGAGUAUGAAGACGCAGAUGCGGCAGCACAAGACUAUGACGAUGAAGCUGCAGCUGCCCAAGAGGUGGAGGAGCAUCAAGACGGAGAGGCAGCAGCAGAAGACUACGACUAUGAGGAGGCAGACGUCAACGCCGAGGAAGAGAAUGAGUACCAGGACUACCAAGACGAGGACGACGACGAUUUGGAGGAUGGGGACGACGAUUUUGCACGAAAAGUGAGCGUGAUGAUCUCCUGAUAGCGACAGAAAGCGGUUCAUUCCCCACAAAGUGUUUAUCUCCUUUGGCGCGAGGUACUUUUUAGUUCACUGCGCAAAAGACAGAGACUAAUAUAGGUGGGAGAAGAGAGAUAGAAGAAUGGACAUUGUUGAGAAAAUGAGCUCCUCCAUCCAUCGGAGAGCUCGCUUGUUGACCUGUCUGUCUGUACUGUACUACUCACGCAAAUGUGAUGCGGCUUCUCUAUAGACUCCUGCAUGUAUUUUUAGUUGACAUGAGAACAGUACUGUAUCCG